AUGGAGGAAUUGAUCAACUAUAUCAUUGCUCUUCAACUAGCUCAGGAAGCUGCUCCCGUAAGGACUUGGGAACUAGCUCAGGAAGCUGCUCCCGUAAGGACUUGGGAAGUUCUUGGUGAUGGGGGUUCAUCGAGUGGCACUGCCACUGCCAAUGUGGGGGAGAAGUCAAAGUCAAAGGGUAAAGGAAUAAAAAUUAAAGAGAAGAAGGCAUCUCCAGACUUUGUUGACAGAGGGAAGAAACGUCAAAGACCCCGACAUGUGGGAGGCUCAAGUUCGAUGAUGGAAACCCCGAGGAUGCAAGAUGAGCCCGGACAUGUGGGAGGCUCAAGUUCGAUGAUGGUAACCCCGAGGAUGCAAGAUGGGCCCGGACAUGUGGGAGGCUCAAGUUCGAUGAUGGUAACCCCGAGGAUGAUGCAAUAUGAGCCCGGACAUGUGGGAGGCUCACGUUCGAUGAUGGUAACCUCGAGGAUGAUGCAAUAUGAGCCCGGACAUGUAGGAGGCUCAGGUUUGAUGAUGGUAACCCCGAGGAUGAUGCAAUAUGAUCCCGGACAUGUGGGAGACUCAAGUUCGAUGAUGCUAACCCCGAGGAUGCAAUAUGAGUCGAAACGGAGAGCAUCCGAGUUCCCCAGUGUAAUGCAGCCAAGUUUAUCGAGGCGAAGACCUUAUUUCUUCUACGCAAACCUGGGAGAGCUGUCUUUCGAAUGGAGGUGUAAGGUCUCUAAGUUCCUGUUUGAAAUUCAACAAGUGAAUGUGGAUACUAGUAUGUUCUCCGGGUUUCACAGGAAAGAAGUAUACGUGCAUGACCUCCCAACUGAAAACAGGUGUGGUAUACUCACACAGCCAAAAUUGAGUAUGUUUGAUGAAAAAAACCCUGAAAAGUUAGAGUAUCUGAUGGGGUAUCCGCCGUACCACACUGCUGGUGUAAAGUUGGCUGAAAGAUUGAAGUUGCUUGAUUAUUGCUUCCAAACCGAUACAUUGGGUUACCACAUCUCAGGGAUCAAGGCUCAGUUUCCUGACGGGGUAAGACUUCUAUCACUCUUCAGUGGAGUCGGUGGUGCUGAAAUCGCCUUAAGCCGCUUGAGGAUUCAUCUGAGAUGUGUUGUCUCUGUUGAGCACUGCGGAUUGAGCCGGAACAUACUGAAGAGAUGGUGGCAGACUUCAAGACAAACCGGAGAGCUUGUGCAGAUUGAAGACAUCGCUAGCGUAAGGACAAAGACGCUGGAGGAUUUGGUGGAGAGGUUUGGAGGUUUUGACCUGAUCAUCUGCCAAAACCCACCAGCACCAGCUGAUCUCUCUGAAGGAAGCUCGGGAACCAAAGCCUGUGCAUUUCAGUAUCUGCUGUUCCAAGAGUGCGUUCGCAUCAUAAGGCGUGCUAGAGAUGUGAUGGAGUUAUAA